AGGCCCUCGCAGGUUUGGACAACAUCAUGUCCGACUAUCCAUCACCUCCUCCCGAGGGAACUUCUCUCGAAACGCCCGGUCAGAGUGACUAUCAUCUUCCACUCUCAGAUACAUCUCACUGACAUUCUUCCAGCGCACUUUUUGCACUCACCCCGAGGUCAAUAUUUUCGUCAGCCCCAGACCAUUAGCCACCGAGGCUACAAGGGAAGGUUUCCGGAAAAUACCAUUUGUGCCAUCGAUGAAGCCAUCAAAGCCGGUACCCACGCUCUCGAACUCGACCUGCAUCUCUCUCGUGAUGGCAUCGUGGUGCUGUCGCAUGAUCCGACCUUGAAAAGAUGUUUCGGCGUCAAUAAAAAAGUCGUGGACUGCGACUGGGAAUACCUGCAAUCCCUGCGCACUCUGAUGGCCCCGCAUGAGCCGAUGCCACGCUUGGUGGAUGUCUUGGAGUACCUACGACAACCCGGUCGGGAGCACAUUUGGGUUUUGCUUGAUAUCAAGCUCGACAAUGAGCCGGUGACCGUCAUGAAACACAUCGCCGAGACCAUCGAGUCGGUCCCCAUCCCCGCUAUCGGCCCCGACUGGCAUCGCCGGAUUGUCCUGGGCUGCUGGUCUGCACGAUAUCUUCCCUUGCGGGCCCAGUAUCUCCCCCGGUACGCCAUGACCCUGAUCUGCUUUGACCUCAGCUACGCCCGACAGUUCAUGCAGGUGCCCCGCAUCUCCUUCAACGUCAACCAAAAGAUUCUGAUGGGGCCGCUUGGGAAAGGAUUCCUCGAAGAAGCCCGUGCAGCGCGUCGCCGCGUGUAUGUUUGGACCGUGAACGCACCCAAUCUCAUGCGCUGGAGCCUGCGACACGAAGUGGAUGGCGUCAUCACUGACGAGCCAGCGCAAUACCAACAGGUCUGCAGGGAAUGGCAGGAGCAACAAAAAGAUGGGUCGGGCACCCCACAUGAUCCAUCCUUAGAUAGCCUGACCCUUUCUCAACGGGCUCAUAUUCUCCUGGCCACGCUGUUCAUUCUGCUUUUCGGAUGGGUUCUCAAGCGGCGGUACCUCCCUGCCGUCGAGAGGGUUCAGUUCGAGGAGCGCAAACUGACCUAG